UAGAUAGGAUAGUAAUCCGUGGAAGUGAGUGAGCGAGUCAGCCAAACAAACAUCCAUCAACUUUCAAAGCUUUUUUUCUGUUUUAAUUUGUUGUAUUGACAGGUAAAUCAGAUUUCUUAUAAACGGAGGAUUGUGUGAGGUGUCUGGAGAGUAUAGAUAAGGAUCUCCAAGAGCUUCGGUGGCGAAUUUGUACAAAGAGUAAAGCAAGAAUUUGUAUACCAGAAUACCGUGACGAUACCUAGCUAAACAAUGGGAGGCUGGCGUUGUUCAUACCGCAACUGCAGUAUGAAAUAUGAUGGCAAGACACAUAUGUUCCAUUACCCGGUAUUUGAUAAGGUGAGAUGCCACCAAUGGCUGGUCAACACUGGAAGGCUGGAUUUCCUUAAUUUAAAGGUGUCACAGUUGAAAAACAGAGUGAUAUGUCAACACCACUUCAACAAAGAAUAUUUUAUGAACUUCAAGGAAGACAAAUUAACUUUUGAUGCUGUACCUUCAUUAGAUGGUCCUUUUUGUGAUGCAGGUGACAGUCAAAAUAAAAGUCUUGAAGAUACAACUAAUUCACUGCCUGUAAUUAUUGAUAUUGACAAUGAGUUCUUGACUUUAAAAGAUAAAAAAGCAAAUUACUCUGUCAAGUACGCUGAUUUUUUGAGCAAUGAUUUAGCUGAUAUUGAUAUAUCUACACAUAUACCACAACACAAUGUGUUCAAUGAAGGUGUUGAGAUAGAAAAAUCAUGUUCUGCUUCAGAACCAAUUGAAAGCAAAGAUACUUCAAUAAGUGAAGUUUAUGUACAUAAAUUGAAACCAAGUUCGGUAAACAAUAACAAGGCUUCCACAUAUGAAAUAAAUAAAAAAAGUGAAACACAGCCAGUGCAGGUUGUUCCUCCUUAUAAUACAGAAAUCAAGCAAAACCAAAGCAAAGUAGAAGAAAAUUUUGUGGAAAUAGAAUUACCACCAGGUUUUUUAAACAAUAAUGCUUUAUUAUCAGAUGAUGGUAACAUAAAUAAUACAGAACCGAUUGUUGGCAAAGUCAAUGGCAAAUUAUCAAAUAAGCAAGAAAAAGUAAGAAUCUUGUCAGAGAAAAGAAUAUCGGAACCCUUGAUAGUCACUGGAACCUUGGAGCCUGUGUCACCAUCAUCAAUUUUUGUUCUAAGGAAGCCUUCUACAAGUACACUUCAACAGGUUUCAAAUGAUGUCAGAUACCUGGAGCCAGUGCCACCUUCUUCAGGUUUGCCUCUAUUACAAAACAAUACUAGUGCAAUCCAAAGCAAUUCCCAAAAGAUUUCAAAUGAGGUCAUUUUAAAUAAUCAAGAAAUAUUGUUUGGCAAUGAACAAUUUGAGCCAGUGCAAACAUUGACUGAUAAUAAGUCUGUUCUGAAAAAGGAAGUAGUUAAGGUAUGUAAGGUUAGGCAAGAAAAUAAAGCUAAAUCGCCACGGACUUCUCUUUUGAAGAAUAAGAUAACCCCCGAAAGGGUCGCUGCAAUUAAAGAAAAAAGAAAAUUCAAUAUGAAACUGCGUGAUAUGAUAGAAACAUUUCUAGAUAAACUAGAUGAACAAGAUAAGGAUAGUAAAUAUUCUAGCAAUAUGCCCAGUCAGUAUAAUAAACUUUCAAUUAAUCAGUCAAAAUCACUGAACAUCACUGAACAAACAAUUUCUAGUUUAGAAGCAAGAAUGAAGCUAAUGGAAAAUGCUUUAAUAAGUAAAAUAGAUAAAAAUUCGCAAAGCAUAAAUGAAAUUAAAAACAUGAUUUUACAGCAGAAUCAGAUCGAAAAGAAAACUAGUGCUACUCAAACUUUUACAGGAAGUCAGUGUCCAAAGAAACGCCUCUAUCACGAAAUAUCACAGUAUUUAAGUCCAGAUGUAAAUAAUCUUAUUUAUGAAGAACUGUUCAUUAACAAAUUUAUGAAAGAUUCCAAAACUUCAGUUAAAAGAAAAAGACCUAGUUGAUAAAAAUCUAAAUAAAUAAAAUAAUAAAUUUUUAUUAAAA